UGCCCUGCCCACCAUGCCACCGCCCCCCAAUGGCCUCCUCCUGGCCCUGGCUCCCCUCCUGCUCCGCGCCCCAGGUGGUCUGGGGCUGGCCCCGCCUCAGAACGUGACCCUGCUGUCCAGAAACUUCAGCAUCUUCCUGGUGUGGGCCCCAGCCCCUGGCUACCCACUGGACACCUCCUACGUCGUCAACUACCAGAGCUUCGAGAACCAGAAGCGGUGGCGGAAGGUGCCCCCGUGCCACCUGCGGGCCCAGCAGACGUGCGACCUGACCUGCCUGGUGAAGAAUCAACACAUCAAGUUCAAGGGUCGGGUGCGGGCCGUGACCCCCGGAGCCCGCUCUCCCUGGGCCGAAUCCCAGUAUUUGGACUACAUAUUCGACGUGGAGCUGGCCCCUCCCGUCCUGGAGGUGCGGAGACUCGAGGCCGCCCUCAUCAUCAACGCCACCGUCCUCCUUCCCGUCUGUGAGAGUCUGGAGCCCCUGAAAUACGACGUGGAUUUCUGGGAGGCCGGGAGGCCCAGGAAGAUGCAGUACCCGGGAAACCCCAUGGGCCAGGUGGUGGAGAUCAGCACCCCUCCAGCCAUCAGCGGGAACUACUGUCUGAGCGCCAGGACCACCUACACCAUCUUUACGCCCAAGCACAGCCUCUUCUCCCCACCCCAGUGCCUCCAGCUGGGAUCCAGAGAAGAGAAGGGGACCCUCCUACUCCGGACGGGCUUGCCUCUGCUUGUGCUCCUGCUGCUCUUGUGCGCGCCCGUCUCCUGCCUCCUCCUCAGGGCCGCCUGGGCCAAGCAGGCCAAGAUGCCCCCAGCUCUGGACUUCUCAGGCUCCAGACUCCCCAUCAGGCCCUUGGAGGCGAGAACACUGGAGGUCCUCAGCAUCUUGACAGUCUGCUCCAGGAAGGGCCCUGCCGCCCCGAGGAAGCCCGAACCCCCUGCCAGAGACCCCCCUGGUUCAGAAGAGGAGGAGGAGGAGGAAGAUGAAGAUGACAGAGAUGUUUUCUGGCCCUACCUCAAGCCUCCACCCUUCCCAGAGGGGACCCCAUCAGCCUCGGCGCCUUCCCUGGGGGAGAUGGAAUCAGAGGGGGACGACGUGGAGGGUGGGGGGUCCCCGGCCCUGCACCCCGACUCGGAGGGUGGGGCUGGUGGAAUCUCCGGCUCCUCCGCCUCCUCCUCCUCAUCAUCCUGGGAGAUGCCCUUCACCAACGGCUACGUCACCGGGAACGGGCAACGGAAGCGGCAGGAGCUAAGCCGAAACGCCGAUGUCCCCCUAAUGCCCGAGGUCUCGGAGUGGGCGCCUCUCACAGCCGGGGAGCUGGGAGGCUGCCCCUCUGCCUCCAUUUGGGAUGCUCCCAGGAUGCGGGACCUCAAGAAGGGGGCCGCCCAGGCCCCGUUCGACCCCGAGGAGCCCUUUAUCUGCUUGCAGACCUUGGUCUUUGCCACGGCAAGGGGCCCACACAGUCUCUCAGGUGAUGAGGAAACUUCACUGGGAUCUGAGGAGGAGGAGGAGGCGGCAUUUCUGGACCCGCCGGGACUUGGCAACGUGGCUCCGGGGAGCCCGGAGGUCCAGAGCUGCUCGAGGGUCAGGCCCUCCGGCUAUGAGCCCGGGCAUUAUAUGGUCAGGAGCCAAGAGCUCUGCAGUGGCUGCUGACCCUCAAGCUGGACACUCACGCCAAUCCCUGGGGACCUUGGCAUUAGGGCAGACCCAGAGGUCAGGCAGUGAUUGGCCAAUUUCCUCAGUGAUUGGCCAACUUCCUCGGCCUCCCGCGAGGGCCCCGCAUCUGAGCCAGGAAGGCUGAAGGCCGGAGCCUGGCCUGGAGUCGACUCCCGCUGGCUACGACCCGGCUCUUUAUAAGAGCCGUUGUGCUUCCCCCAGGGAGGUCUGGACUCGGAGCGGCCCCGGCUCCCGGGCCUGAGCAAGUCAGACAGCCGCCUCAUGGAUGACGGCAGUAAUUGUAGUAUUUCUUCCGCGCUUACUGUGUGCCCAGCGCUGCCCAAAGUACCGGGAUAGAGCCAAGAUAA